UCCGUCAGUCUAAAACCCGGCUGCCUACCUAGUUGUAAAGAUUAAUCAUUUGGAUUGUUUGUGUAGAAGUAAUCCUGCCCCUAGUACAGAUUCUAAGUGAUAAACGGUCAAACACCCAACUGCAUGAUGUCGGCCAACACUGCACCAUCAACAACUCAAGGCCUAACUUUGCACACGUCGCAACCUUUUAACAGAGCUUCCUUGAGACACCGCGAUCAACGUGAGUGAUAUUGAUCUGAAAAGCUCUAAUCGCAAGCCUCUGGUCUUAGACCACACAUCUCAAGAUGUCAACCUCAUUUGAAACGAUACUCCUUUCUCGCCCUUUCAGAUUCAUUGUCGAUACCGAUAAGGUUCCAAUCACGGUUCAUGAGGCCGCGGUCGCCCAGCAGUCCCCUGCGUUGGCUGCGCUCAUGCAAAGCGAAAUGUCAGAGGGCAUAGCUGGCGAAGCCAGGUGGGACGAUGUGGAUAAGGGAACCUUUGCACGAUUUAUCCAAUUUGUAUACACAGGAGAUUACUCGGUCCCACAGAGCUGUGUCGUAGAUGUGAGCGAUCAGCACGCAAAGCGUGUAUCAUAUCCAAAGCCGGCGCCUGCUGAGCAGCCUGCUGGCCCUGCUCUCCCCCGCUUCAGUUCUCUUAGCUACCCCACACCUAAAACUCAAUCCAAUAUGGCAAAAGCAAGCGACAACCUGGGCAAGACGAAUAGCAAGGUGCUCCUAGCUCAUGCUUCGCUCUAUGUCUUGGCGGAAAAGUGGGGAGUUGAUACUCUAAAACAGUUGGUUUUGUCCAAGCUUCACCAAACCCUCAGCGGGGUUCGACUCGACGCAUCAAAGGUUCAAGAUCUUGUCGACCUCGCACGCUACAUAUACUCAGAUGAACGAACUCCUGGCUUGAGACAUGGGAUCGAUAAGCUAAGGGAGUUGAUUUGUUAUUACAUAGCCGACAAUGGUAGGGUUACUUCCGAGCAUGCUAUGUUCGCAGCUUUACUUAGGGAAGAAGGAGAUCUGGCGUCAGAUCUGUGGAAAAUUGUGGGAUCAAGAAUCUGUAUCGCGAAAUAAUAGGCCGUGGCUCUAGAUGCAACGGAGGAAUGCCUUACCCAGCGUGUUCCCUUCACUCUGGAGGUGGAAACCAAAUAUGCUAAGAAGGCUAGCAAUGUUGUUUACUUGGUUCUCACGCCUUGCAUAAGGCAUGCUAUUGUGAUCCGAACUCGAGGUACUAAUCGUUCGGUUGGAACUCCCACCUAAUCCUUGGUUAAUC